GCACAUAUUUCUCCAAACAACUUGUGGCUAUUACAAAGAUAUAUACUUCUCCUACUAAUUGGUCCUUAUUGCUUCUCUGUUUCUUCCACUCUCUUUUCACUUUUGUUUUUCAUUAUUUCUUCCUCAAAUAUACAAUUCAUAAUUAAGUGAAAAAGAAUAAAGUGUAACAAUUUGUAGUUUUUGACAAAACAAAGUAACAUGGUAAUGAUGCUUAGAGGCCAUGGAAGUGCUGCUAUUGGAUUUUCAAGCUUUGCAUCAUCAUCAUCAUCAUCCUCUUCAUCUUCAUCUUAUUUAAAUCAAAAUGCAAAACCCUCUUCUCUAACCUCACCAACAAUAUUCCACUUGGAGAUGGUAUGUAAACAAUUAACAAUUCGCACAAGUAAUUAUGCCUGUUUUGCCGUACAAGAAUCUUCUACUUCUACAGUAGCUACUGAUGAAAAUAAGGAAGCUAAGCCGGCUAAGAAAGCAGCUCCAGCGAAGCCGAAAGCUAAAGCACCGGUGAAGGCGCUGCCGGAGAUGAUGAAGGAAGAAGUAAUCCCUUCACUAAAAUCCAUUCUUGAGGCUCAAGAUGAUGUUACUGACAUUGAGCUUUCUUUCCAAGAUAAUAAGUUGGAAGGCUCCUUUGCUAAGAAAGGCAAUCCAUAUUCAUUUUGGGCAUUUUUUCCUGAUGGGGUCCUCACAGGUCCAAAAGGUUUUUCAUUGUCCUCUUAUGGAGGGGAAGUAAGCACUGUUGAGCCAUUUCUUAUUGAUGAGAAGAAAAUAACAGCAAGACAUGUGGUUUUCUGGGUUGAAAAGCGUUUGGCAGCACAAGGAAUCAUUCCUGUAUGGAAUGAUUGAUCAAAAUCAAACUACUAUAAAUUAUAUUUAUAUGUAAAUGGAUCCACCAAAAAUGCAAUUUGGUUAACAUUUAUACCUUCUCACAUAUUUUAUUUUUUUCAUAAUAAAGAUGAAAAAAUAUCACCCCUUCUGUAAA